CAUGACUUCUUCGUUCACGUUUCACCCAGAAAUUUAACUCGAGUUAUCUUCUUGUACUAUCAGACUCUUUCAAAUUAAUGAAUCUGAUACGCUAGCUAUCCGUCAGAAAAUCAAGCUUGGGCCUUGGAGUACCUGCAGCCAAGUUCAAGCAUGAGACACCCAACGUUAACUUGUGCUGGUUGUCCAAGUCCAACCAUCCUUUUUUAUUUUCUUUUCCUUGUGAUCAUCUCUCUUCACUCUUCCUUUGCAUUUUCAGCACCCCGGAAUUCCAUGUACAGAGGCUCUUCCCUGUCAGUCGAAGGUUCUGCUUCGGACGUUCUUACGUCCCCUGACAAAUCCUUCACCUGUGGAUUUUACCCAGUCGGCACAAAUGCCUACAGCUUCUCUAUUUGGUUCACCAACUCCAAGGAAAGGACCGUCACUUGGAUGGCUAACCGAGAUCAUCCUGUUAAUGGACGACGUUCCAGAGUUUUGCUGCAGAGAGAUGGCACCAUGGUCCUUACUGAUGCUGACGGCUCAGUCGUAUGGGCUACAAACACCACCAAAACCAAGGUGGACAGAGCCGAGCUCCUGAACACGGGGAACCUUGUGCUGAAGGACCCUCUUGGAAAAAUACUUUGGCAAAGCUUUGAUUUUCCUACAGAUACACUUCUCCCUUUGCAGCCAUUCACUACGAACAUUAGAUUGACAUCUGCAAAGGGUAGGGGUGAUUAUUCCAAAGGCUAUUAUAACUUCUAUUUCGACAAUGACAACGUUUUGAGAUUGAUGUAUGAUGGACCUGAGAUUUCUAGCCUAUAUUGGCCUAACCCCGAAUUCAGCGUAUCUGGAAAUGGUCGAACAAACUAUAACAGCACCAGAAUUGCAGGGUUCGAUGAGAUGGGCAGGUUUUCAUCCAGCGACGACAUGCAAUUUUCCGCUACUGAUUUGGGUUAUGGGAUUAAAAGGAGACUAACAAUGGAUUACGAUGGUAAUCUUAGACUCUAUAGCUUAAACGAGUCAAACGGACUAUGGCAUAUAACAUGGGAAGCUCUUCAACAACAGUGCAGUUCUCGUGGGCUAUGUGGAAGAAAUGGAAUUUGUGUUUAUACACCAACGCCUAAGUGCUCAUGCCCACCGGGUUACGAGAGGGCGGACAAAACCGACUGGAGCAAAGGAUGUAAGCCUCAGUUCAAUCGGAGCUGCGACCAACCUCAUCAUCAACAGCAGGUGAAAUUCGUGGAACUCCCACAUACAGAUUUCUAUGGAUUUGAUUUCGAACCUGCAAAGUUCAUAUCACUAGAAGAAUGCAAGAAGCUUUGCUUGGAGAAGUGCUCUUGUGAGGCCUUUACCUAUAGGCUAACAGGAGAACCAUAUUGUUUCUAUAAGUCUGCACUUUUUAACGGGUACACCACUCCAGACUUCCCAGGAACUAUUUAUUUGAAACUGUUCGGAAGUUCGGAAUCAAUGGAACCCCCUACACUGGAAGAAUCCGAUCCCAUCUGUGGAUCCAGAGAAAGUAAAGUCCUGAUGACGGGUUCAUCUGAUACAUAUAAUUCAGAGAGCAAAACGAAAUGGAUUUAUCUCUUUGCAUUUGCUUUCUCAAUUGGUGCGAUUGAAAUGUUCCUAAUCGCACCAAGUUGGUGGUGUCUCUUUAGGAGAAAUAAGGUGCAAACGUCAAUGGAGGAUGGGUACAAUGUGAUAUUCAACCAGUUCAAGAGGUUCACUUACGCUGAGCUAAACAAAGCAACCAAAAUGUUCAAAUAUGAGCUGGGGAGAGGUGGCUCCGGUACUGUUUACAAGGGAGUUCUAGAGGACAAUAGAGUGGUUGCAGUGAAGAAAUUGGGAGACGUAAUUCAAGGAGAAGAAGAGUUCUGGGCCGAAGUGAGCACAUUUGGGAGAAUCAACCAUAUUAACCUCGUGCGAAUGUGGGGAUAUUGUUCAGAGAAAAUUCAUAGACUUUUGGUAUAUGAGUAUUUUGAGAAUGGGUCACUAAAUAAGCACCUCUUCUCCAAUUCCAGCAGGAGCAAAGAAGCUCGUUUGCUGAAUUGGAAGGAGAGGUUUAAAAUCGCACUGGGUAUAGCUAAGGGGCUGACUUACCUUCACCAUGAGUGUCUCGAAUGGGUUAUACACUGUGACGUGAAGCCUGAAAACAUACUUUUGGACAGCAAUUUCGAACCUAAGAUUGCUGAUUUUGGGCUGGCAAAAUUGUCUCAAAAAGGUAAGUAUGGUUCCGAGUUCUCUAGGAUUCGAGGAACAAAAGGAUACAUGGCUCCAGAAUGGGCUCUAAACCUCCCUAUAACGGCAAAAGUUGAUGUUUAUAGCUUUGGGAUUGUACUACUAGAGAUUGUAAAGGGCGUUCGUCUUUCCAACUGGGUAGUCGUGGAUGGAGAAGAGGAGACAGAGUUGACAGGACUUCUCAAGAUGGUAAAGAACAGGAUCAAGUAUGGAGUUGAUGCGUGGGUUGAGGCCAUAGUGGAUCCGAGUUUGAACAACCAAUUCAAUAGAAACCAAGCAUCAAUGAUGAUCGAGAUAGGAAUAUCCUGCAUUGAGGAGGAUAGAAGCAAGAGACCAACCAUGGAUAUGGUUGUACAAACUCUGCUUGAAUGUGAAGAUGAACCAGAAAAUUUUGCUGCAAGCAUGUAUCAAGAAUUAAUGUAGGCAUGGCAACAUGCAUGUAAUAGAUUCUUCUUUCUCUGCAGAUCAGAUAUGCAUGUCAGUUUAACUUGUGA